CGAUGAGUGGCAUGAAGGCGACCUACCGCUUCCACGGCGAGGUGGUGCACUCGUUCGAGAGCUUCCCGAGCGCCGCAGAGGCCUCCAACGAGUACGCGCCGCCGGCCGGAGAAGAGAAGCUCAACCACUCGUACACGGGCCAGAUGGACGGCGGCAAGCCCAUGCCCGAGCUCAAGUCCACGGGCCCCUACGCCGCUCUGGUCACGUCCAUCAAGCGUGCCAAGGAGGACAGUGAGGGGUUCCUGAAGGACCGCGUGGAAGGCCCUGUGCCGGCGAAACUCUACAACCAGUAACAAUGGAGCAACAUGUUCAACAAC